UGUGUAAUAACUCAAUCUAGCCAAUCACUCUAAAUUACAUGAUAUUUAUUCUAUUUCCUAAACAUGAACACUAGCAUUUUACAACCAACACUACCAACUUAUCAAAACCGGCCUCCACACCCAUCAACAUUCUUCCCAGAAUUCAAACACUGCAAAACAAAGAAACACAUACUUCAAAUCCACACUAAACUCAUCAAAACCGGCCGCAUUCAAGACCCACUUGCGUCCGCCGAGCUUCUACGCUUCUACGCCCUCUCCGACCCACCACACCGUGAUUUACGACACGCACGCCAACUGUUUGAUGAAAUGCCUCAACCAAACUGUUUUUCUUGGAACACAAUUAUCCGGGCUUAUUGUGAUACCAAUGAUGCAUUGGAAUCAUGGGUUUUGUUUAGAAAAAUGGUUGAGUUUGAAAUACCGAAUAAAUUUACGUUCCCUUCUGUGCUUAAAGCAUGCGCGAAAAUGGGCCGGGUUGAUGAAGGGAAGCAGGUACAUUGUGUUGUCGUGAAAUAUGGGAUAGUGAAUGAUGGAUUUGUGUUAAGUAAUUUGGUUAGAAUGUAUGUCAUGUGUGGAGCUAUGGAUGAGGCUUGUGUCGUUUUUGGUUUAGGUGUGUUGAGUUCGGGUUUGAGUGAAGUUGUGUUGUGGAAUGUGAUGGUUGAUGGGUAUUUAAGGGUUGGGGAUGUUGAAAAGGCGCGGAAUUUGUUCAAUCAAAUGCCGCGGAAAAGUGUUGUUUCUUGGAAUUCUAUGAUUUCUGGGUACGCGCAAAAUGGGUUUUUUGUGGAAGCGUUGGAGUUGUUUAGGGAAAUGCAAAUGGAAGGGGCCGCUGAUGUGAUGCCGAAUUAUGUUACUUUGGUUAGUGUAUUACCGGCGGUUUCAAGACUUGGUGCACUUGAGAUAGGGAAAUGGGUGCAUUUUUAUGCGGUUAAAAAUGGGAUAAAGAUUGAUCCGGUUCUUGGUUCUGCGUUGAUUGAUAUGUAUUGCAAAUGUGGAAGCUUCGAGGAGGGACUUCGGCUCUUUAACGCUCUAGCACAGAAGAAUGUGAUCACUUGGAAUUCAAUAAUAACUGGGCUCGCGAUCCAUGGUCGAGCUAUGGAUGCUCUUGAUCAUUUCACAAAGAUGCAACAAAGUCGUAUUACACCAAAUGAUGUAACUUAUAUUAGUGUUUUGACUGCAUGUAGCCAUGCCGGUUUAGUAGACAAAGGGUUGUCGAUUUUUAGCCAAAUGGUUCACACCGAUGGACUGAUACCGAGGAUUGAACAUUACGGAUGUAUGGUUGACCUACUUGGCCGGGCAGGCCGGCUACAAGAGGCUGAAGAGCUAAUACUCAAAAUGCCUGGUGGACCGGAUGACGUGGUACUAAAGGCCUUACUUGGUGCUUGUAAAAAACAUGGAAACAUUGAGAUUGGUGAACGUAUUGGGAAACGUCUUCUAGAGAUAGCUCCAGAAGACGGGGCCCCAUACGUAGCCCUGUCUAACAUGUACGCCUCUAUGGAAAACUGGGACAGGGUUACGGAAACAAGGCUAAAAAUGAAACAAAAUGACAUUAAAAAAGAUCCUGGAUGUAGUUGGAUUGAGGUUAAUGGCGUGAUUCAUGAAUUUAUAGUUGCUGAUAGAUCACAUAGUAAAGCACAAGAUAUUUACAUGAUGCUAGAAGAAAUGAUGCAAAAGUUGAGUCUGGCCGGCUACAAACCGGACACCACUCAAGUUCUUCUUAGAAUGGAUGAUGCUGAGAAAAAAUCCAUUUUACGUUAUCAUAGCGAGAAGAUUGCAGUUGCUUUCGGGCUGAUUAGUACGAGCCGUGCAACAACAGUUAAGGUUGUUAACAAUCUUCGAAUAUGUGAUGACUGUCACUCGACGUUUAAACUCGUUUCAACAAUAUAUGGAAGGAGGAUUGUUGUAAGAGAUCGAAAACGUUUUCAUCAUUUUGAAAAUGGAUCAUGUUCUUGUAUGGACUAUUGGUAAAUCUGUGAUAAAUUGUACUCCGUGUAAUACAACUCAGUUGUAUAAAUUAAUGUUUA